AUGGACAGCUCCAGAGCGGGCCUGCGUCCAGGGCGGCCGCCGAGCCGGCCUGGACUGAGGGACCGGGCUGGCUGUUCAAGCCGGAGGGCUGGAGAUGGGCAGACCCCGUGCACGAAUAGGGGACUAUGCAGACGCGACGGGGGGCAGCUGGCCCUAGCUGGGAGAUCUGACACAGCCACAGCAGGUGUCUGGAGCUCCCGGGACUGGGCCGAGGAAGAGAAUCGCCGCACGGGACAGCAGGGCUGGACCGGCGGCGAGGUGGGACUAAAGGUUGGAUUUUAAGGCGGGGGCGGCUCCCGGAGGCACGCGCUCAGGUUGGAAGGUGGGGUGAAUGGCCGGUCGGCGAGUGCACCUUACUCUGCACCCCUGCGCCCACCUUGGGAACUGCACGCGGCACCCUCACCCCCCACGCUGAUGAUAGUACGGCCUGCAGGCCUCCCCUGGCGAACGAAGCUAAUGGUUCGUUCCACCCCGCCCACACAGAGGCUGCCCACCGGCUCCGCAGCUUCUCGGGACUCCCCGUCAGACCAACUACAGAAGGGGUUUGGCCUUCGCCCUCAGUCUCUCUUAAGGGCAGGGGACGUUGUCUUCGGCUCUGACCCCGCACUCGGACCCAGACCAGGUCCCAGCCUCCGCCUUGGACUUAUGCCUAGGAAGCCGGCCAACCACCGCCUUCAGACCUUGGGGGAAAGUUCUGCCUCUGCUCUCAGGCUCUGAAAAGCAGUCUCUGGACUUCAGCUUCUCUCCACCCACCCCCAACAUCUCAAGACACUCUAGCCCCAGGAUGCAGGACAGAUACACAGACACUCAAUGAGGGUCAAAGAUCUUUAAAUAAGGAGCCAGU